AUGGUGGAGGCGACCACCGGAUGGUUGGAGACAUAUGCUGUGCCCCAUGCCACUGCUUGGAACACCAUCUUGGGCCUUGAAAAGCAGGUACUGUGGCGACAUGGCACUCCAGAGAGGAUUGAGUCGGAUAAUGGGACUUACUUCCAGAACAGCCUCACUAACACCUGGGCCAAAGAGCAUGGCAUUGAGUGGGUGUACCACAUCCCAUAUCAUGCACCAGCCUCUGGAAAAGUUGAACGGCACAAUGGACCGCUAGAGACUACAUUGAGAGCAAUGGAUACAAGAUCACCAACCUGGGAAUAUGACAGCCUUCACCCAAGACUAAAAUUGUCUGAUGACUGUCUUGUAGUAAGCUGUAACUGGAAGAGGAUAUUUUAAACUUGUGGUCCCCAAAGAUUCAAUAAAUUAUGGCAAAUGCUAAGCAGGGAUGCAUUCUUCUCUGACUAUUACUUGGAAGUUGACGUGCUUUAUGCUGGAGCAGGAUGGUGGACUGGUGCAGCCUACCCUUUCAUUGGCAGGAAAGGAGACUUUGAAACCUGUCAGCAGUGGAAUAGAGCGUCUUGGUGCCUUAAGAAAUUUGAUUUUGAAUAUUGGGCGUUUCACAAGGGGAAGAGAAUCCGCAUCCUAAUAGAUGACAAUCCUGAUUGCAUUGAUUUCUCUGAUCAUGAAGCAAGAAUCCUUUCAUUCUACAAUGUUACUGAUGGUGUGGCUCAUUUGCACACUUUCCACUGCAAGUUCACAGAACCAGUUUACCCAGCCCUGAGGCUCUGA